UUGGGGCUACUGUGACAGUGUACAACUGUAAGAUCAAGGCCAAACCUGGUAUUCCUGAGAAAACCUCUCUUUUGGUCUCAGCCCUGGGCAGGCCAAGUCUUCAUGCUGCUGUGGGUAUCACUGCUGGUCCUGGCUCCUGUCAGUGGACAAUUUGCAACUGAACCAAAAUCUGUAAUUUUCCUCCAUUCUCCAUGGACCACUGUCUUCCAAGGAGAGAAUGUGACACUGACUUGCAAAGCAUUUCACUUGGAUGCAUCAGAGAAAAUAAAAUGGUACCGUUGGUAUCUUCUGGAAAAAACACAAAGUGAAACCUCAGGAAACACCCAUGAGGUCCAUGAAUCUGGAGAUUACAGAUGCCAGGCCCAGGACUCACCCCUGAGUAAUCGUGUGGGCUUGUUCUUUUCUCCAGCCAACCUGAUCCUGCAGGCUCCACUUGAUGUGUUUGAAAAAGAAUCUGUAAUUCUGAGAUGCCGAGCAAAGGCAAACACAGGACUGAAAACUAUAAAGCUGUACAAGAAUGGAAAAGUCCUGGAAGAUCACACUGUGGAGAUAUCAGUGGGAAUGUUGACUGACUUCCAUAUUCAUCAGGCAAGCCUGAAGGACAAUGGCAAAUAUCACUGUACUGGAGUUAAGGAAGAUGAUCAGUUGGUUUCUUCAAACUCGGUCAAAAUCGAAGUCCAAGAGCUGUUUCCACGUCCUGUGCUGAGAGCCAGCUCCACCCAGCCCACUGAAGGAGGAGCAGUGACUCUGACCUGUGAGACCCAGCUCUCUCCACAGAGGCCAGAUGUCCAGCUCCAGUUUCACUUCUUCAGAGACAGACGGUCCCUGGGGUCAGGCUGGGGAAGCUCCCCAGAAUUCUGGAUCCACACCAUAUGGAGAGAAAACUCAGGGUCUUACUGGUGCCAGGCACAGAGCAUGAAUUCCUCUGUCCAGAAACAGAGCCAGAGAUUACAGAUACAGGUGAAAAAAGUUGUUCCUGACAUCCGUAUAUACUCUCGCCCAAAGUUGGUGUUUGAAGGGCAGGAGCUGGUGCUCAUCUGCUCAGUAAAUGGAGUUCCAGGCCCCAUCACAGUUUCUUGGUACAGAAAAUUCAAGCUGAGGACAGAAAGAAAGCUUCACACUUCCUCAGAAACAGAAUUCAAGAUCCCUGUGGUGCAAAACAGCCAUGAUGGAGAGUAUUAUUGUGUUGCCAGCAAUAGUCGCUCCUCCUUCCGCAGUGACCCAGUGACCAUCAAUGUGAAAGGUGUGCUGCUCAUGAAGAUAGAAGCUACUUUAUGGAGAACAAUGUCCUAUAGAUUCUCUCUGACUGAAGAGCAUUCUGGGAACUACUACUGCACAGCUGACAAUGGCCUUGGCCUCCAGAGCAGUGAGACCUUGAGACUCUCUGUCACCAUUCCAGUAUCUCACCCCGUCCUCACCCUGAGGGCUCCCGGGGCCCAGGCUGUGGUGGGGGACAUGAUGGAGCUUCACUGUGAGGCCCAGAGAGGCUCUCCCCCGAUCUGGUACCACUUUUAUCAUGAGGAUGUCAGCCUGGAGAGCAGCUCAAGCUCCUUUGGAAGGGGAGCUUCCUUCAACCUCCUUCUCACAGCAGAGCAUUCUGGGAACUAUUUCUGUGAGGCCAACAAUGGCCAGGGGUUCCAGCGCAGUAACACAGUGUCACUCACUGUCAGAGUUCCAGUGUCUCAGCCUGUCCUCACCCUCAGGGCUUCCAGGGCCCAGGCUGUGGUGGGGGACAUGUUAGAGCUUCACUGUGAGGCCCAGAGAGGCUCUCCCCCGAUCCUGUACCAGUUUUAUCACAAGGAUGUUGCCGUGGGAAACAGCUCAGCUACCUUGGGAGGAGGAGCAUCCUUCAACCUCUCUCUGACCACGAAACAUUCUGGAAACUACUCCUGUAAGGCCGGCAAUGGCCUGGGGGUUCAGCAGAGUGAGGUGAUGCUACUCAGUGUCAUAGUUCCAGUGUCUCGCCCUAUCCUCACCCUCAGGGCCCCCAGGGCCCAGGCUGUGGUGGGGGAUGUGGUGGAGCUUCACUGUGAGGCCCAGAGAGGCUCUCCCCCGAUCCUGUACCAGUUUUAUCACAAGAAUGUCACCCUAGAGAGCAGCAUGUCCCACUCUGGACAAGGAGUGUCCCUCAACCUCUCACUGACUGCAAAUCAUUCUGGAACCUACUCCUGUGAGGCCGACAAUGGCCUGGGUCCCCAGUGCAGUGAGGCAGUGACACUUUCCAUCACAGGGCUGACAGGGAGCAGAAGUGGCCCUGUUGCCACCAGUGUCACCGGGGGGCUGCUCAGCAUGAUGGGUCUCGCUGCCGUAGCACUGUUGCUCUACUGCUGGCUCCCGAGAAAAGCAGGAAGAAAGCCUACAUUUGACUUCUCCAGGAACCCAUCAGCUUCAGACCCGCAAGAGCCCACCUACCACAAUGUACCAAGCUGGAUAGAACUGCAACCAGUGUACAGCAAUGUAAAUCCUAACAGAGGAGACGUGGUGUACUCGGAAGUCUGGACCGUGAAGGUGGAGAACAAACAGGCAGCAGCCUCUGACCCAGAGCUUCUCAAGAACAUGGAUUCCUGCGUCAUCUACUCCCAGGUGAAGGGGGCUUACACCGCAGCCCCUAAACCCCAGCUCUUGGCUGCAUCCACUCCUCACAGAUGAGUCCACGCAGCUCCCGACUGCUGUCUCAGCCUCUGCACCCAAAGCCACCCUUGGGGGAGAAGGGACAUCAAAGCGGGAAGAUUUAAACCUUGGGUCCUAGACCCAAGGCCACACCCAGCAACCUGUGCAUCAAGU